UGUGACUGUGCUGGGCGUGUCUUCUGACGCUCAAGCAGCCAAUGUCUAGAAGGAUUCCUUCCUCUGUGUGUAGUGUUUCCCCAGCAAGGCUCAUCACACUCAUCUGAGGAUCCUCUGGGUGAAAAGGAAGUAUGGACUUCUUCAACAAGCUGACCAGAUCUAACAGUACAAAGAAGAAGAAGCCGGCCUCUGAUCAGGUACAGUUUGAAGAAGAAGAAAAUGUGAAAUGCGUAACUGCCAUAAUUGUGGGCGCCGGAAGCCGGGGAUUUGUUUACUCCUUUUAUGCUGUGAAUUUCCCCAAACGAAUGAAGGUUGUUGGUGUGGCUGAUCCUCGUUCCUGCGUGAGAGAUCAAGUUAAAAAGUAUCAUGAGAUUGAUGAUGACAAUUUUUUUGAAGACUGGAAAGAAGCUGCAGAAAGAGAAAAAUUUGCAGAUGCAGUGAUCAUUACAACUCCGGAUAGACUGCACAAGGAACCAGCGAUUGCAUUUGCCAAAAAAGGAUAUCAUAUUUUACUUGAAAAACCCAUGGCUGUGACUCCUGAGGACUGUUGUGAAAUAGUUUCCACGUGUAAAGAGAAUGGAGUUAUGCUCGCAGUGGGACACGUUUUGCGCUACCAUCCAGUUUCAAUACAAAUAAAGGAGCUGAUAGAUUCUGGAGUUAUUGGAGAUAUUGUCCACAUCCAGCACUUGGAACCAGUUGGAUUCUGGCACUUUGCACACUCGUUUGUGCGAGGAAACUGGCGUAACGAGAGUGAAAGCACAUUUUCUCUGCUGGCUAAAUCUUGCCAUGACAUCGACCUGAUCUGUUACUGGAUGGGUAAACAAAGGUGCGUGAAGGUGUCUUCAUUCGGAGCACUCUCUCACUUUACUAAGGAGAACAAACCCAGUGGGGCCAGCAGCCGCUGCCUGGACUGUGCGGUGGAGAACUCUUGCCCAUACUCAGCAAAGAAGAUUUACCUCAACAAGGGACACUUUGGCUGGCCUGUAUCGGUCGUGUGCAGCAAUGGCGUCUAUGACAUUGAAUCACUGACUGAAGCUUUAAGGACAGGUCCUUACGGACGGUGUGUUUACGACUGUGACAAUGAUGUUUGCACUAAUCAGGUUGUGAACAUGGAGUUUGAAGGUGGUAAGACUGCUGCCUUUACAAUGAUGGGUUUUACCUAUGCGCUCGGAGUAAGGAAUACCACCAUCUUUGGGACCAAGCUUCAUGAUGUAACCGUCUGGCGUUACCAGUACGCGAGAGCUCUGGAUCAUCUUUUCCUAUAUGACAUUUUCAUCCCUCUUGUUUUUCUUCUCGCCGUGACUCAUAAACAGGUUCCUCAUUCUGCUGCGGGGAACUACAAACCCUUUCUCCGUACUGUGCGUGCCAACGUGAGCAUACAGGGAGUACAGACUGGUCCAGUCCAGCAUAAGGUGGCAGCUUUUGCGGACGACCUCCUGUUCUUCCUCGCCUCCCCUGACGUAUCCCUCCCGCUACUUCUGUCCGAGAUAGAACGCUACGGCAAAAUAUCGAAUUUCUUAGUUAACUCACAUAAAUCUAUGGCCAUGCGCCUCUCCCUAACAGGCCCACGCCUGUGGAGAGUACUAACUAAUUUCCCCUUUAAGUGGUCCCCCACGUCCCUGAAAUAUUUAGGCAUUCAACUCCCCAAAAACCCGUCCCUGACCUUUUCACUCAACUUUCCUCCAUUGCUGACUGCCAUCAGCUUGGACCUCAAGAAAUGGUCCACGGGGACCUUUUCGUGGAUGGGCCGCUGUAACAUCUUAAAGCAAACUAUUCUCCCUCGGCUUCUUUAUCCUCUCCAGGCCCUACCGAUAAAGAUACCUUCGACAUUCUUUCGAACGCUUAGAACUCUCUUCACUAAAUUUGUCUGGGCGGGGAAGCCCCCCCGAAUCAACUACAACAUACUCCGACUACCAAAACACUCCGGUGGGAUGGGCCUGCCUGAUGAACACCUGUACUACAUAGCCACCCACUUGACCCGGAUGCUGGAUUGGAGUCGCCAUGCCACCUCGAAGCUCUGGACAGGUCUAGAACAAUCCUUAACUACGACGCCGCUGUCGGGACUGGCGUGGAGCUCCUCUCCUCUAUCCCCAGCCAUCCGUUCCCACCCCACCAUCAUGCCCACGCUGGUAGUGGCCCGUUCUGCAUUCUCACAAUACUCCAUCUCACCCUACCCGUCGCCGAUGGUCCCAGUCCUGGGAAACCCAGCUGUAUAA